AUUUUAAUGUGAACCUGGCGGUCAUGUUGUCUCCGCCUUUCAUGUAUGUGUAGAGAAAGUCAACACGAAAAUCAUGAUUUGUGUGUCGUCGCAGCAAAAUAAUCGAACGUUUCUAUAAAUGUCUCACUAUGUUAUCUUUGUAAUAGUUAAAACUUUAGCGGAAAAGCAUUACCGUCACCUGAUUUUUUCCUUAUCACUUCAUACGCUCAUCUACCUUCUUCUACAUAUGUGUUUUUCCCCUCGUGAUCUUGCUCAAGCUUACCUCGCUGAUGUUAUCGUUCUCCUUUUGGCUGCUUUUGGUACUGCGCGUAAUCUACCCAUUCUCAUCUUUCCCAGUGUUAUAGUCAAGUUCAUAUGUUUCUCACUUUGUGCUGGUGUAGCCAUGUUGUCUCUAAGCGAGACGAGUAUCAAUAUGAAAACAAAAGAAGCACGGAUGGAGUUCAGACGACAAAGAAAUUAUCCUGAAGUUGUAAAUAUUGCAUUUGAAGAUCAUCCGACAGUUUGCAUUUGGAUUCACGCAAUGGCUGUAAUUGUUGCAUUAGAUUUGAAUAUCGGAUUGAAAGCUUUUUAUAGCUCUUUCGAUUGCAUGAAGAAACCAGUUGUCGAAGAGGAGAAACCUCCAUCAUAUACAGUUUGCAUGACAAAUUCCUCACAAACUACCUUACCACCAACUUACGAAGAAGCACUGGAAGCUCGAAAGAAAAUGCAAGCUCAAGCUUUUCCAACAAGGAAGAAUCAACGAAAUUCUGGAAUAUUUGUUGUUUAGACCUCAUUCAAACGUUUGAUUCAAUUGACAAUGAGGUCUUUGAAGAACUCAGAAAAUAAUAAUUAUUGUAUUAACCCACUUUUGCUCCGGCUUAUGUGUAUUUUGAUUAAACAUGAUCUCAACUUU